UUUUCAUAGUUACAGUAGCCUGUGAAAAUUUAUCAGAACACGAAGUGAAAAUAAGUGUAAAAUAUCUUCUGUCAAAAGUAUUCUGCAGUGCUACAUACAUACAUCUUCAAUCAUGGGCGAUGUAAUGAAUAUCGACAGCAUUAUUUCGAGACUUCUGGAAGUGCGUGGGGCACGGCCUGGCAAAAAUGUUCAACUCUCGGAGAGUGAAAUUCGAGGCCUCUGCUUAAAGUCGCGCGAGAUAUUUCUCUCGCAGCCUAUACUGCUGGAGCUGGAAGCACCUUUGAAGAUUUGCGGCGAUAUUCACGGUCAAUACUAUGACUUGCUGCGCUUGUUCGAGUAUGGAGGCUUCCCCCCGGAAUCUAAUUACCUGUUUCUGGGUGACUACGUCGAUCGCGGCAAACAGUCCCUUGAGACCAUUUGUUUGUUGCUGGCCUACAAGAUCAAAUACUCUGAGAACUUCUUUUUGCUGCGCGGUAACCAUGAGUGUGCCAGUAUAAACCGCAUCUACGGAUUCUACGAUGAGUGCAAACGCCGUUACACUAUCAAAUUAUGGAAGACAUUUACCGACUGUUUUAACUGCUUGCCAGUUGCCGCAAUUGUUGAUGAAAAAAUAUUUUGUUGUCAUGGAGGUCUAAGCCCAGACUUGACUUCAAUGGAGCAGAUAAGACGCAUUAUGCGUCCCACUGAUGUGCCAGACCAGGGUCUUUUGUGUGACUUGUUGUGGUCGGAUCCGGACAAGGACACUAUGGGCUGGGGCGAAAACGAUCGUGGUGUGAGUUUUACUUUUGGCGCAGAGGUUGUUGGCAAAUUCUUAGAAAAACACGAGUUCGAUCUCAUAUGUCGGGCCCAUCAAGUGGUGGAGGAUGGGUAUGAAUUUUUUGCAAAACGCCAGUUGGUUACUCUUUUCUCGGCGCCAAACUACUGCGGCGAAUUUGACAAUGCCGGCGCUAUGAUGUCGGUAGAUGACUCAUUAAUGUGCUCCUUUCAAAUUUUGAAGCCAGCCGACAAACGCAAAAAGUAAAACCACCUAUUAAGUCUUUCUAUAAAAAAAGAACAAUUUAAAAGCCUAAACACAUCUGAUGAUGGUCAAAUGUAAAUCCCAUUUCAACAACAUCCAGAAGGAAUGAUGACAGUGAGGCGAGCAUGAGAACGUAGACGUGGACAACAACAUAUGAAAGUUUACGAAAACAAGAUUCGGUUACAAAUCUGCAUUCACAAACCAAUUUAACAUUUGAUAAAGUCAACAAAAGAUACCAUUAUUUUUAUUUUAUUUGUAUGCAAAAGCACAUACCAUUAUUCAUAUACACAUCCCUAAACCAUGUUCCAUCAGAUUUAUGUCUUCAGUACAGCAAAAAUUAGAGCAGAGUUGACAGGUAAAAAUAUUAAAAGUGUAGAGAGCUCUAUAAAUUUCUUAGCCUUAAGUAUACAACAAAUCAACACGAUAUAUUAAAAAAUAAAAAACGCUUGCCAAGAAAAAACUUUAAGUUGAUUUUUAGUAGGUCGGCUUUAGCUCGUUCCCAUUGUAUGAAAAAAAAAAUCAAAUAUCACUCGAGUAACUUCAAAUAACCCGGUAAUUUAGUCAUGUACACUACGCCCGUGAACUUUAUCGUUUCAUCCUUCUUUCAUAUAUUUUAUGAUGUGUUUUUAAAAUCAUCUAUAAUAAAAAUGUAAUAUCAGUAA